CGGUUGGAGACCGGGCGGAUGUAUUGCCAGGACAGGUCGAGGCUAGAUGUGGCGCGAUGAGAUCCGAUAGUACGCCGACAUGAACGCGCCAGGUACGCCGAUGCCAAACGUCGUAAAUUGUCCACCAAGAACGCUCAGCAGCAGCACCAAGGUCUUCCAGGCUGUGUUUACGACCCCGCAGUGAGAUGCCACCCCUCGCUGGUUUCUCCGAUAAUGCUUUCAGCACGUAUGCCGACUUUAAAGUAGGUGCCAUAUCACUGCUCCGUGCGCUAAAGCCUUACCAAUCUGCCGGUGGUGCACGCAUCAGACUGCCAUUGGCAACUGGUACUCAUUUCGAUGAUGUCGCGGCGCAGCUUGAAGGGUUUGCGCGCGCGUUGUGGGCCGUUGGCACGCUUUUACACUCCAAUUCUACCACAGAGGACGAGCACAAUGAGCUGAUCCGCCCAUACAUCGAUGGACUGGCAAAUGGCACCAAUCCUGUGCACCAUGAGUAUUGGGGCCCUGUGGUGCUUCGGGAUCAGCGUAUGGUUGAGAUGGAGAUCAUUUCCUAUGCCUUGCUCGUAGCACCGGAUGCCAUGUUCCACUCACAGACUACUGAAGCAAAACACAACAUCACAGAAUGGCUCAAGACGAUCAAUGGCAAGGAUUUCCCAACGACCAACUGGCUUUGGUUCCGCGUCAUGACGAAUCUCGCGUUGAUCAAAGUCUGUGGAAUCCCUAGUGAUGAGGUUGUCAACGCGAUGAAAGAAGACUUGGAUCUGAUGGAACGGUUUUAUCUUGGUCAAGGUUGGGCGGCAGAUGGCAUGUGGAGCGAAGAUGGCGGCCGCCAGGCUGACUACUACUCUGGAAGCUUUGCUAUACAGUUCUCGCAGCUCAUAUAUGCAAAAAUGGCGCAAGACUUCGAUCCUGAGCGGUGUGACAGAUUCCGAAGUCGCGCGAAAGAGUUUGCUGCGACGUUCUGGAGAUACUUCGAUGCCAAUGGCGCUGCCAUCCCGUUUGGUCGGAGCUUGACUUAUAGAUUUGCGUUCGCUGGCUUUUGGUCAGCUGCAGCAUUUGCUGAGGUUGACCUCCCUGCGCCUGUAAACGACUGGGGAGUAGUCAAAGGCAUUUUGCUCCGUCAUUUUCGUUGGUGGAGCAACAAGCCCGAUAUCUUCAACAUUGAUGGUUGUUUGAAUAUCGGCUUUGCAUAUCAGAACUAUUACAUGUGCGAAGACUACAACUCGCCGCAAUCUGUUUACUGGGCUCUGAAGUCGUUCCUUGCUCUUGGUCUACCAGAUGACCACCCCUUCUGGACUGCAGAGGAGAAGCCUCUCCCCAACGACUCUGCAUUGGCUACUGCUGUGGAUCCACCAAUGCAUGUCGUGUGCAAUACAGGCAAUCACCAUUACCUCUUGUCAUCUGGCCAGUUCUGCCCCUGGCCUCUCAAAGCUACAGAAGCCAAGUACGGGAAAUCUGCAUAUUCUUCGCAUUUCGGAUUCAGCGUGCCCACUGGACCUCUGCUUCAACAAAUGGCGCCAGACAGCACGAUAGCAAUAAGCAAAGAUGGUGGCGAUACAUGGCGCGUACCUUGGAAAGUCCGCACAAACGAACAAUGUGUCAAAGCAUCAUUGAAAAGUGGAGACGAGAUCGUGGAGAAGAUACCGAUCUUUCAGAGUCUCUGGAAACCGUGGAGAGACGCCGAUGUCAACGUUAGAACAAUCUUGGUUGCACCUUGCUCGAGAUGGCCGGACUGGUAUGUGCGGCUCACUAGCAUCGCCAACCUAGGUGCAAUCGCCGUCACCAUCAAUGUAUCUGAAGGUGGCUUCUCAAUUCAAGGGCGAGGUUCCGAGAAAGGAGAAGUUCUACCAGUCUUGGAAGGGAAUGCGGAUAUCAAAGCCAGCAAGGAUACUUCAUUUCCACAAGCCACUUUGGAGUCUCAAACCGGUGCGUUGAUAUGUUCGGACGCCGGAGCGAGUGGCAUCAAGGCCAUUACUUUGCGCAGAGAUGGUGGAGAUGAACUCACUCCUGGAGAUUUAGUCUCUUCUGGUCAAGUUCUCAAGCCGGAUGCGAAUACGAAUCUCGUGUGGCAAAGGACCCUGAUCCCGACAAUCAGGUCUGAGACCCGCAUGAUCAAGCAAGGGGAUAGCGUACAAUUCGUUUCCGCGGUCUUUUCGCUUGCGAGAACGUCUGACAGGGUUGCGCGGUACGACGCACUGGACCUUUCCAAGCUGUGGAAUGACAUUCCAGUUGUCCGUACUACCAGUAAAGAAGGGAAGACGGAUGAAACUUAUAUCGACAUACAAAUGAGCCAGUAA